GAGACGAUUGUCACAUGAUAGCAGGCGGGUUCAUGUCAACAAUGUUUCGAAAAAGUCGACAGGAUGGAUUUUCUUAAUGCUAGAUAAUUUUUCACCUACUUGUAGGUAGGCAGCUGUUUGUUCCUGCAAAUGUCCCUCUGUCUGUCAUCUAAGGAUGUCCACAACACCAGGUAGUCAGUCCACCCUCGUCCAUCAGCUGGCCACACUGCUGAAAAACAAUGGUGACUGUGUGCUGGACGGCAGUAGCACCCUGACCCUGCAGGUGAGCCACCUGCAGCACCUGACCCGUCUGUUUGAGCAGUACCUGAUCUCGCGCACGCACCAGCAUGGCUUCCUGGCCCUCCCGUCCCACCCCGCCGACACUGCCUCCCUCCUCCAGCUGCAGUUCCUGUUUGAUGUGCUGCAGAAGACCCUCUCCCUCAAGCUUGUCAACCCUCCUGGAUCAAGACUGCAGUCUGUAGUGAAAAUCUUCCCCUUUAAGUCUCUUAAACACUUGGAGCUGAAGCGUAUCCCACCGCACUGUCUGGAGGGUCUGCGGGGGGUGUACUCACAGCUGGAAAUCUUCACCUGCUCCAAGAGCCUCAGCUCCCUGGAGGAGCUUCUGUCACUGUGUGGUGGAGACCUUAGUUCUGCUCUGCCAUGGCUGGAGCUGCACACGCUCAACUUCAGCUACAACUCCAUAUCCUGUCUGGAUGAAUCGCUGAGUUUGCUGAAUGUCCUCAAGUCCCUGGACCUGAGCCACAACAAGAUCCAGGACUGCGCUGAGUUCCUGAAGUCUCUGAGUGAGUUGGAGCAUCUGAACCUUGCCUAUAAUAACCUCCAGAGGGCGCCACAACUGGGCUUGAGCGCCAGGGUCAAACUAAGCGUGCUCAUACUGCGCAACAAUGAGCUGGAAACCAUUAAUGGGGUGGAGCUGCUGAGCUCGCUGCAGCACCUGGACCUGGCCUACAACCUGCUGUUGGAGCACUCCCAGCUCGCCCCCCUCUCUCUGCUGCACUGCCUCAACGUGUUGAUUUUGGAUGGCAAUCCACUGUUCUUCCAGAAGACCCAUCGCUCGUCCACUGUACACCACCUCUCCCCCAGAGCUGCUUUCCAGCGGUUUCGACUGGACGGCUGCCUGCUCUCUACCUCAGAACUGGCGGUGCUACCCAAAACGGGACAGCUGAUUGGUCAGAUGGCACAGGCCACGGCCCCGGCGGUGGUUUCCGCGGCGAUGGAGCGCGGCUCACAGGAGUUCUCGAGUGGAGGAGGAGAGCUGAGUGAUAGCAUGUCUGUGAGCGAGGUGGGAGUGUCUCGUCUGCGCAAAAAGAAGUCAAAGGGGAAAGUGAAGGUGCGUAGGGCCAGCAUCUCGGAGCCCAGCGACACAGACCACGAGCUGAGAGUGGGCUCUACUCUACAGGACAUAGUGCUCCACCACCAGAAGGACAUUGAGCGCAUGGACAGCUUCCGAGACCAGCUGGGCGAGGACUGGCUCCGCUACCAGCACCACCUGGAGACCUCCGUCCAUCCCAACAACACCACCACCACCACCACCACUACUACCCCUGCCCAACUCCCUGCCUCCAGCACCCCCACCACCACCACCACCAUCAUCCCUGUCACCGCUCAGAUAAUCCCCAAUGGCCGCUGCACCCCCUCCCCCUCACCGCUGGAGGCACACACCCCCGAGAAGACGGCUCUUACAGAGGCCUUGGACUGCGUCUCCCCUGUGUCCCCCUUGUUGACGUCGGAGCCCCGAGACGGGGACGGCGAGCCCGAGGUGGACGCCGCGGUGAUGGACGACGAGACGGACUCCACGCUGCGCUGGGGGGAGCACAGCCAGGACUCGCGCUCCAACUCCACCCUGGAGAGGAGCGUCCUGGACACCAGCGCCGUCGUCACGCCGACACCGCAAGCAGAGGAGGAUGGGGAAGAGGAAGAUGAGGAGGAGGAGGAAGACCAGGGAGUGGACCUGUGCCUGCCACUUCUAGUGGGUGUGGUAAGCGAGGAUGAGGAUGAGGAUGACGAGACGAGGAAGGCCCAGGGGCCAGUGUUCCUGCGUGUGCGUCAGGGCCUGCUGCUGGAGGUGGACAUGCAGCGAGGGAGCGUCCGCAAGCGGGUGGAGCUGGACAGCCUGCAGCAGAUCACCAGCACACUGCAGCCCUGGGGGGACAAGGAGGACAGCGAGAGUCUCCCGGCUCUAAUGCUGCAGUUCAGCUUCAUCCUCCGUGAGCGACGCCAGCGGUGCUACGUAAUGCUGGACGAAAAUCCCCAGCAGGCUUUGCAGGAUCUGCUGGACAUCCUGUCGCGGGUGGUGGAGGAGAACGUCCGGCGCGUGGAGGAGAGUCGGCCGCGGGACCUCCGGCUGCAGUGUCUGCGCUGCAAGGCCGAGUUCAGCCAGCGUGGGUCUGAGGGAUUCGCCGGGGCCUCUGACCGACUGGACGGCGGUCAGGAGCUUCAGGGAUGCAGGGACAAGGGCGAGGACGAGGACGAGGAGACGGAGGGAGCAAAGGAGGACGAAGGCACAAGAAAAAAUGCAGCUGACUCAAUAGGAAGUGGACUGGUUUGCCCAGAAUGCAAUAGUGACCAUGUGAUCCAGCUAGUUGGCCAAUCAGCACCUUCCACCAGUACGCCAGUCUCCAGUGAUGUUGAGGAGGGGGGCGAGAAAAGACACUUCCAUUUUGAUGAUACAGACACCCCUAAGAAGCGUCCAGGAGUCAUAUGUAACUUUGAGAGCCAGAUUGAAUCCUCAUUGGCCAGCAGUGGUCACCUGACCCAGGAAAUGACCAAAACAGAGGGAGAGCUGACCGACACUUUCAUGACCGCUACCAGCAGUGGCCUGUCCCGGGCUGAGCCUCGGGACGAGGACUAUGGAUGGGCCGACCAGAGCACCUCCCAGCCCAUUAGCUACCACACGGCGGAUGGAGGCGGAACGGACCUCAGCUCCACCACCGAGAGCCAGGAGGAGCAGGAACUGGCCGGCAGCUACCGAUACAGCGCCUUGCAGGAGUCCCAGGCAGACAGCUCGGACAGGGCAAGCCCCACCCAGUUCGACCUGCUGUCAGAGGACUUUGAGGCUGUAGACCACCGACUCAAGCUCUUCCUGGAUGUGGAGGUCUUCGAGGGCGAGGAGGAACUACUACACAGCUUCCUGAAGAUGUCCACUGUGAAGUUUGGCGACCCCGUGGAGUUCCCGUCUCUGCUGGUUGUGUCGGACCAGUGCAUCUACAUCCUGGAGAUCACUUCUGAGGCACAAGGCCCGCCGUCUGAUUGGAUGCAGAUGCGGUCCAGGCACCGUCUCUGUGAGUUGAGCUACCUGGAGGUGGGGCUGGGCUCCCAGAGCAUCCACAUGGAGUUUGCAGACGGGGGCUCCGCCUACACCCUGCUGGUGAGGGACAGCAAUCGCUGCAAGCGCUUCUUCAGCCGCCUCACAGGAAUUGUGAGGGAACUGGCUCCGAGGUCGGACAGUAAACUCAAGGCCAUCUCCACCACUCGACUCACUCCACACCACCACCUGUGGCCACUGGUGAGUGAAGGCCAGCAGUCACAGGAGGGCGAGGACGACUGUCAACCCCAGUUCCUCUACGUGUUGGCGUUCGUGUGCCAAGAUCACUCCUUGACACCUGUUACUGUGUUGGCCACGCGGGAAACCCUGUACCUGGUCGACGAGGACCAUCAGUGGAGCAAGAGUCAACUCCCAGAGCCAACGUCCAAUCAGGAUGGAGAGGAGCCCUGUGGACGCGUCACCAUCCGAGAGACUCAGCCAAUCAGCUGCGUCAGCUCCGUGCAUCUCUUCUCCUCCAAUCCCUGCCGGGUGGACGUCAAGCUUUAUGACGAGGUGCUGAAGCAGGAGCGCUCGUGGGCGCUGCAGACGGAAUGUGGGGAGCGCGUGCAGGCUCUGGUGGAGUGGGUGCGGACGCAGUGGGAGGCCAUGUUUGGGGUCAAACUGACCACCAGCAUACAGGAGCUGCCCAGCUGAGAUACCCAUCCUCAUCACCCCCUCAACCCUGUACAUUUGUGUUGUCCUCUCUCUGUCUCUGUCUCUUUCACCUUCUUCCCAUCCCUCAUGCUACCUUUCUUUCUAUAUCCAUCUAUCAUCUAUCUGUCUCUCUCUCUUUCUCUAUCCAUCUAUCAUCUAUCUGUCUCUCUCUCUUUCUCUAUCCAUCUAUCAUCUAUCUGUCUCUCUCUUUGUGCUUUCAAACAUACUUAAACUUUGUCAAACCUGAAUCUUUUUUAGUCCCAUCUUUCUUUCUUUCUUUUUUUCUUUCUUUCUUUCUUUCUUUCUUUCUUUCUUUCUUUUCUCACAUUGUUUCUGCUUCUGUGUCUACCUCUUCCACCUCUCUCUACCUCUAUACACGUGACUCUUUCUCUCUCUCUCUCCAUGUCAGUCUGUCCAACCAUCUCAUUUGCUUGCCUAGUAUGUCCCUUGAUCCGUCUACUUUUUUCUAGGUUUGCUUAUCCCCUGUCCAUUCUCUCUCUGUGUAUCUCUCUUUCUCUCACUCUUUCGCUUUCUCUCUCUCCCCCUCUCCUUCCCUCUUUCUAAUACCCACCUUCCUGCCAAUCUCCCCUUUUUAAUAAAAGCUGAUCUGUUGUACUUGGCAACAGGAAACAGCCAAAAUCGCUCACAUGAAAUGGCUCACUGGACGCGACCUGGGUAAAGGCCCACGCAGCGAAAUGCACUGCACGCUCCCUCUGCCGCUUUCUCGCAGAGGUCCGUGCCUUACUGACUGGGCUCUGCUUGCUGUCUACCAAUGCACCUUAUGGUGCCUUAUGCUCGGAAUGAAAUGAGAUUGGGAAGAUGAGGGAAUGUCCAUGUCGACAUGGACACUGCGUUACUUCAGGGACUGUGUCUGUGCGUGUGUGUGUGCGUGUGCGUGUGCGUGUGCGUGUGCGUGUGCGUGUGUGUGUGUGUGUGUGUAUAUACAUGUGUGGUGUGUUUGCAUGGGUAAUUGUCUGUGCGUGUAAUUUUUGUGUUUAUGUGCCGAUCUUGAAACCUGCCGAGCCAGUGAUAACGGGCACUGUGUGAUGAAGCAUGGCAUCAUUAGCCCCGGGACACGGGCUGCCACACGACAGCCUGAGAGGAAUGAAGUUGACUCACACAGCUUUUCACUGGAAAUGCUUUCUGUUGCUUUUAGUCAUUUGUCAUUUGUCAUGUGCAUUUUACAUGUUGUUCUUUUUUAUAGUUCCAACUCAUGCAUACAUGCAUUCUAAGUUUAUGUGAAAACAUCAAUGACUGCAUAUGAAAGGGUGUUUGUUGGAUGUUUUAAUGGACAGAUAUGCGUUAGUAAAAUAGUACAUAGACAACUGUUUGUAAAAGGGAAUUAUUACCUUGGUGGCUAUCACUCAGUAUUUAUGUUUGGCCACCAUGUAUUACAAGUUUAAUUUAGUAUUUGUGCCAACUAUAACUUAUAAUAAUUGCACUGCAACAGUUUGGUAAUGUUUUCAGAAAUGUAAAAAAGGUAACUGUGAUGCAAGCUCUUUCGCUAUGGAACUUCAAGUGAACUUCCAUCAUUGUGUUUUCUAUUUAUUUUUCUGUGGCCGUAAAAUUAAUGUCAAGUUAGUGUUGAAAAUGCUUUUUUUAUUUUGUUAUAUGAAUAAUAAAAAAAAUGGCCUAUCUUGUGUA